AUGAACUUCCCUGCUACAGUUAGAUUCAAUGACCCUCUGGUCACUGAAUAUAACUCAAUGGAUGUGGAUGAAUCAACCGUGUCCCGGAUGUCAACAGAUCAAUUAUAUCUUGGGCCGGCUGAUGACCCAGAAUCAUGUUCUGUGUCAUCCAAUGGUCCGGAAGUCUUUUCUCAAAUUUCCGAUCAUUCACCUCCGGCUCAAUGUGAUCAACCAGGCCUCCCGGUUCACCCAGACCUAUACCUCAGGCCUGAGGAUGAUUUGAUGGCUGGGAUGCACGAUCAAUCACUUCCGGCCCAACCUGAUAUGCUGGGUCUAGCCAUCCACCCGGAUCUCUACCUCGGGCCUGAUGAAGAUCUUAUGACUGAGAUCCCAGAUCCAUCACCUCCGGCCCAACCUUAUCACCCGGAUGUACCCAUCCACCCAGACCUGUACCUCGGGCCUGAUGAAGCUUUUAUGCCAGAAUUCCCCAAUAAAUCUCUUCCGGCCCAACCUGAUCAACCGGGUUUCCCCAUUCACCCAGACAUGUACUUAGGGCCUGAAGAUGAUCUGAUCGACUGUGAGGUGAAGCAGGAGCGUGCUGAUUCAGAUAGUGAGGUCUCAGGUGCGCCAGUAGUAUCCAGGGCAUUGAUUGCAAAAUCUCCCGAACGUGAUUUUCCCCACCCGGAUGUCACCUAUGAAGAAUUGCUUGCCAUGGUCCGGGAUCUCCGGCCAUUUGAGUCUUACAAUCACACAGGCAUUCAAUCCAUUCAAGAUUGGGUCCGGGAUUACAAACAGCGACACGGACAUAUUCCCGACCCAUCCAUCCAACAACUACUCGAGGCUGAGAGACCAUUCCGAACUGCCUGGGCAGAAACAUCUGACAAACUCAGAAGAGCUGAUGAAGACCUCCAGAGGCUGCAAAGAGCUGAACAUUUGACUUCCGAAAUGCUCAAGGUGGUCCUCGCCGAUGGCUCAAUCACCGCUUUCUUUCCCCGCAUCCUUUUCGGAGCUGGCAAUGUUUUCCUCCCUUCCAUUGCAACAUCAUCGUCAACCUCUCCAGUGUUGCCAUUGGUUAACCCUGCUAGCAGGUUGCCCAUUCGCGAUGUCAGCAGUGCACCAUGUUUCGCCAGCUUGACGGGGCGAGGCUUUGGAAUUGACGGUGGGAUUGCCAUCUCUGCAUGUGAUGAUGAAGGACCUUCUCCGGUUCUGGUUCUCUUUUUUGAUGAUCUACCAUCAGCCAAGUCAUUAUCAUCAUCAUCAUCAUCAUCAUCCGAAUGA